AUGAAAAUAAGGAAAGAUAAAAUAAAAACACAUGAAAAGGAUUACAAUUAUGGAGGGUUCGAAAAUUACAUGUACGCAAAAGAUGUAAGCAAUGAUGUUAAAAGUUCCUUAAUCGAAGGAGAAAAGCUUACAAACAAAUUUAGAAACAGGGGAUUAACAAGGGAUAAAAGAGCAACUGUCAGCACGGUACUAGAUAAUAGAACCUUACUUGUUUUAAAAAAAUUAAAAGAUAAUUUUCUGAACGAAAUAUAUGGAGUUGUCAGUUCGGGUAAGGAAGCAUACGUUUUCAAUUCUCAUAAAUACCUAAAUGAAGAAGAACUAACGGGUGUCAAGGAAGUAUUGCUCAAAUAUAUGCAGACUACAAGUGCAUUCACGGGAGCAGCAGCGGAAGAAGAAGCAGAAGAAGAAAAAGAAGAAGAAAAAGAAGAAGAGUCUUCUUACAAGGCCCACAUGAAUGAAGGCCAAGUGCAUAUCGAUGGGCAGUAUAGCGACCAGCAGAAUAUGAACAAAAUUCAUAACGAUGAACUAGGUACCGAUGAACUAAGUACCGAUGAACUAAGUACCGAUGAACUAAGUACCGAUGAACUAAGUACCGAUGAACUAAGGAACGAUGAACUAGGUACCGAUGAACUAAAAAAUGAUGAACUAAGUACCGAUGAACUAAAAAAUGAUGAACGAAGUACCGAUGAACUAGGCAAUGUCGGGGUGCAUAACGGCGAACCGCGUAGCGACAUUCAUUUCCCCCAUGAGAGCCUAUACAAAGUGUACCACCUGAGAAAGCACUUAGAAGAAAAAAGGGAAGAAACGGAACUAGAAGAAGACAAGAAUCCGACAAACAUGUCAGGAGAAGCCUACGACAUAAUUGACAAAUUAAGUGAAUUUAUUCCAAAGGAAGGCAAACUCAUUUGGAACCAUUUCGAAAAUAAAAAGAUUGCAAUAUCAUUUGCAACUAAAGUUUAUAAUACGUCUGUAUUGGUAUUUAAAAAAAGGUCCCAAUAUAUAGAGGGAGAAUUUCGAUUUAGAAAUGCAUAUACCAAAAACACCAAUCCAAGGAAAAUGGUAAAACAAUGGUCAGAAAAAGAAUUCAGAAAUUUAAGACGUAUAUUAAUAUGUGGAUUAAGAUGUCCAUAUCCUUUAGUUUUAAAAAGCAACGUUAUUGUAAUGAGUAUGUUAGGUACCCUAGAUACUGCAUGCCCAAAAAUGAAAGACUUAAAUUUUAGUUUGUUAAAAUGGAAAGAAUUGUACAUUGAAUGUAUAUGUAUUUUAAGGCAACUAUAUUGCAGUUGUAAACUUGUUCAUGCAGAUUUUUCAGAAUAUAAUUUACUUUAUUUUUUUAACCAUAUUUAUAUUAUUGAUGUGUCCCAAUCUAUGGAACAUGAUCAUCCGUACUCCUUAGAGUUUCUGAAAAGAGAUUGUUUAAACAUUACCAAUUUUUUUAAAAAAAAAAUUGGCACAUUUCGAAAUGAUAAGCAGGAAGAUACCCAUCAUCUCAAUGCCAUGUUGCACGAGGCUAAGAUUUAUCAAAACAUUACCUUAAAAAAUAGAAACGCGUGCGCGUAUAAUAAUGUCCAGCACAUGGCCGAUGCUUCAAACAAUGCAAACACUUCAAACUCAUCUGAUGUAAUCGAAAGGGGCGAUGAAAAAAAUGGUGAGCAUAGCAAGCGAAGUGAAUUUUUUUACAAUCGCGUGCAAGUACUUCCCCUCAAAACAUUAUUUGAUUACAUUGUUCACUCCAACCCACCAGAAGAUGUCACAUUUUUCUUAGAAAACGACAAAAAGAAAAUAUGUAUAAACCCAUCCGAAAUAAUAUAUCUCCAAUUUUUUGGUUUAGUAAAAAAUACCACUCCUAUACCUAAAUUAAACUUAAAAAGAAUACAACAAAAUAGAAUAUAUUUUGAAAAAUUAAAAAGAGCCACGGGUUAUUACGCAACAAAAUUUGCUGCACAAAAUAGAUCCCAUAUAAAAAAACAUGCUGAUAAAAGUCAAGUAGAAGAACAAAUCUUCUUAAGUUCAUGGAUUCCAUCACAUUUAAACGAAAUAAAGGAUAUCAGAACCAUUGAAAAGGACUUAAAACUUUUGAAAAAGGGGAAAUCAAUAGUUGGUAACUUCAUCUCCUGUAACUAUAAUUCGGAGCAUAAUAAACAUGUCCAAGGCAAUAACACGCACGCGGUUCAUAAAAAUGGUGAAAGAACCCAUAAUUCCGAUGGAAAGAUCGAAGCGGAGGUACUCAGAACGAAUGUUGAUACAACACUACAUGAACAAAAAGCCAUAGUAGAGGAAUGCUUUACGAACAAGUUCUCACAAAAGAAGGACCCAAACAAUUAUGAUAACAGGGAAGAUGUUCGUGAACAGGGAGAGGAUGAUCAUGUUAGAGAGAUUUGUCAAAAAGAUGAAGAUAAAGCAUUAGACGAGUUAAGCCUUGAAAAGGUGUCACAUGCAAAUAAUUUAUCCGAUGCACACAAAUCAGACAUAGACAAUUAUGAAAACAAUUGUGUGAACAGCGAACAGGAGGAAGGCGUUAAGUUUAAAGGAAUAAUUCCUGAGGGAGUAACAAGAAAGGAAUGGAGCAAAUUAGUGAAAGAACAAAACAGGGAAAAAAGAAAACAUAAAGUUCCCAAGUAUCAAAAAAAAAAAAAGAAAAAAAAGACUCAUUUGAAAAAAAAAUGA